GGAUUUGAUCUAUCUUUGUGCUCACUAACAUGAUAAAUCAACAAUAUUUACUGACCUUUUAUUUUCUAUUUCAGAAUAUGGCAUGAGCACCAAGAUAUCCAAGCUUGGUGAUGUCUAUAGUUUUGGAAUUCUCUUACUGGAGAUGAUUACAGGGAAAGCACCAACUGAUUCAAUGUUCAAAGACAACUUCACCAUUCACCAAUUGGUCAAGACAAAACUUCCUGAAAGGGUAACUGAUAUUAUAGAUCCUUCAUUACUUCAGGAGGUUCAAGAAGCAGAAAAUUCAAAAGCAAGGAAUAUGGGAAAGGGAGUUGGUGUUCUGGAGAGCCUCUUGGCGGUUGCUGAGGUUGGAGUUGUCUGCUCAAUGGAGUCACCAAGUGAAAGAAUGGAGAUGAAAGAAGUUGCUGCAAAAUUAUAUGCCAUUAGAGACAAGUUACUCCAUCGGUAGAAGGACAUGAUUCUCAUCGGUUGAUUCCAUCCAUAUCAAAGCAGAGUUAAUAGCUUACGAAUACUUUCAUUUUGUGCCUUUAUUUAUUAAUUAGUCUUUUUUUUUUCUUCUUUUUUAGUCAACUUGUUAUUUCUUCUUAUGAUGAGUUGUAUGAAAUACGGUUUAUUUUAACGCAAA